AUGGCGUCGGCCGCUGCCGGUGUCCCCGUCGUCGUCGUGUGCUCCGGAGACUACCAACAGCAGCAGGCCGCCGUGGAGUCGUCGACGUCGUUGCACCGGCGGUCCGCCAACUACCAGGCCAGCACCUGGGACUACGACUCCAUCUGCUCGCUCAGGGAAGAGGAAGCUGGAGAGAGUGUGCUACAGUUGCAGGCAACGACCCUGAAGGAGAGAGUGAGGCGCCUCCUGCUCCAAGAGAGAGAGGACGACGACACCGCUGGACGAAGCAGGCUCAGGAUCAUCCAUCGGCUGCAGAGUCUUGGCAUCGCGUACCAUUUCCAGGAGGAGAUAAAAGGCAUCCUCCUCUCCAUGCAUCGCGCUGCUCCCAGCAAUCUCGACGACGACCUGCACUCAGCAUCGCUUCUCUUCCGGAUGUUCCGAGCGCAGGGCAUCCCUGCAUCCACAGAUAUGCUGCUGGUGAUGAUGAGAGCAUUCAGAUUCAGAGAAGAAGACGAGGUGGUGGUGGGCAGCGACGAUGAUGAUGGGCUGCUUGCUCUCUAUGAAGCUUCCUACCUCGCCUUCCCGGGCGAGACGGAGCUGGAGGAAGCAAGGGCCUUCGCCGUCCAGAGCCUAGCCGCCAGAGGGGGCGGGAUCGCAGCCGGCCACCUGCCGCUGCACUGGAGAGCUCCCAGGCUGCAGGCCAUGUGGUCGCUGCACGAAGAGCAAGCUGGAGCCGACGAUGACGACGACGACAUCCUGCAGCUGGCUCGGGUGGAUUUCAACCUGGUGCAGGCUCUUCACCGGAGAGAGCUCUCCGAGGUGACGAGGUGGUGGAAGGAGAGCCGCCUAGGCGAGCGGCUGCCCUUCGCGAGGGACCGCGUCGUGGAGUGCUUCUUCUGCGCGGCGUGCAUCGCGCCGGAGCCGCACCUGGCGGACUGCCGGGAGGUGCUGGCCAAGACCGCCUCCCUCAUCGUCCACCUCGACGACAUCUACGACGUCUACGGGACGCCGGAGGAGCUCCGGGCAUUCACCGACGCCAUUGCCACCUGGGAGCCCCCCUGCGGCGCCGGCGAUGCGCUCCCGGAGUACAUGAGGGCCAUGUACGCGGCCAUCUGGGAGACCUCAACCACGGCGGCAGACCGCGUGCUCAGCAAGCAUGGCUGCCACGUCCUGCCGCUCUUCAAGAAACAGUGGCACGAGCUGUGCAAGGCCUUCCUGGUGGAGGCUCGGUGGCACCAGCGGAGCUAUAGGCCCAGCUUCCGCGAGUACCUCGCCAAUGGCUGGGUCACCUCCACGGGGCCGCUCCUGCUGCUCCAUGCGCUCCCCGCCGCAGGAGCGGCAGCCGUCGGCAGCGAUGGCGAUCGUCUUCCGACGACGCUGGUGGAGCUCUCCUCCACCAUCUUCCGCCUCUGCAACGACUGCGCGUCGCACGAGGCCGAGUCCCAGCGAGGCGACGCGCCGUCGGCGAUCGCCUGCUGCAUGGAGGAGGCCUGGUGCGCCGGCGAGGAGCAAGCCCGCGCCGCCGUCCAGGGCCUCAUCGCCGACACCUGGAAGGUGUUCAACAAGGAGAUGUCGUCGUCUGCGGAUCAGAGCAUGGCCGUGGCCGCUGACCUGUGCCGCAACCUUGCUCGCAUCAUCCACUGCAUCUACCAGGAUGGGGACGGCAUCACCUCGCCGACUCAUCGCAUGAAGCGCAUGGUCAAGGACCUACUCUUCAACCCUGUUAUAGUUCGCACAUGUAUUGGCAAUUUGGCGUGCAGGCAGCUUUCACGUUGUGUGCAGAAUGCAAGUACUCCAGGAUAA